GGGGUAGGAGUGUCGCCUGAGAAGGGUCCGGGUAGAUCAGUCUAUCGCUACUUCUUUCAUGUCUACCCGGCAGCACAUGAUUCAAACUAAAUAUUAAUUAAAAGGGUCAGCCUGCUCUGAGCUAAGCUGUGGGACUUGGAGCUGGUCAGCUCUCGGACUGGUUGCUGGCCAAGAUACCAGUAUGUCAGACGUCGGGAACCAGUCCUGCCUGGCCACAGCGGAAGAUUUUACCUCCUUCCUGCUGUGUGUCUUCCAUUCACUGGAGCAGUGGGCUGGACUGGGCAAGGCCGAGGAUUACCUCAGCGUCAUGGAGUACCUGCUGUGGGUCUUCACCCCUCUGGCUGUGGUCUUCAUCCUGCCCUUCCUCAUCGUCAUCCUCCUCUACCUCUCCAUACUCUUUGUCCACGUAUUUAAGAGGAAGAACCAACUGAAGGACGCGUACUGCAACAACCUCUGGGACGGCGCCAGGAAGACCCUGGCUACUCUCUGGGAUGGCCACGGCGCCAUAUGGCAUGGUUAUGAAGUCCAUGGCAUGGAGAAGAUCCCAGAAGAAGGGGCAGCGCUGAUCGUGUACUACCAUGGAGCCAUCCCCAUUGACUACUACUACUUCCUGGCCAGUGUUCUCCUCCAGAAGGGGCGCACCUGCCACUCGGUCGCCGACCACCUCGUCUUUAAGAUCCCAGGCAUCAAGCCCCUGCUGGAGGUGUUCAGCGUGAUCCACGGCCCCCAGGAGGAGUGCGUGCGGGCGCUGCGCGGCGGCCACCUGCUGGGCAUCUCGCCGGGCGGCGUGCGGGAGGCGCUGUUCAGCGACGAGACGUACCCCCUGAUCUGGGGCCACCGCCGGGGCUUCGCCCAGGUAGCCAUCGACGCCCAGGUGCCCAUCAUACCGAUGUUCACGCGGAAUUUGCGGGAAGGCUUCAGAUCGCUGGGAAGGCUGAAGUUUUUCCGUUGGCUUUAUGAGCGGUUUCGACUGCCGUUCGCUCCGAUUUAUGGUGGCUUUCCGGUCAAGUUCCGUACGUACUUGGGGGACCCGAUCCCGUACGACCCCAACGUAAACGCUGUGGAAUUAGCAGCUAAAGUGCAGCAGGCUGUGCAGUCGCUCGUGGACCGCCACCAGGAGAUCCCGGGCAACGUGCUCCGGGCCCUGCUCGAGCGCUUCCCCUCCAAACACAAAGAGGAGUGAGGGUCAGAGCGCUGCUGGGCCCUCGGGAACACAGUGAGGGGUCAGCAAAGAGCUGCUGGGCCCUCAGGAACACAGUGAGGGCACGUUGAGACCUGCACCAGCACUCACAAGAGGAGAAGAACAUUAUCUCACUACCACUUACAAGAGGAGAAGAAUACUAUCACAGCAUCACACUCACACUGACAAGAGAAGAACAGCAUCACACUCACACUGACAAGAGAAGAACAGCAUCACACUCACACUGACAAGAGGAGAACAGCAUCACACUCACACUGACGAGAGGAACCCGCACAUACGUUUUAAAUGUCCCUAAGUAGAACAGUGGUUAUCAAAUAAACAUAACUACUAGGGGUGUGCAUCGUUCCUUUAUUGGACGAUUUUGACCAAUCAGAUCGCUCGAAAUACAUUGUUUUUUUUCGACCAAUCAGAUAGCUCGAAAGAAAUAUGUAUUUUUUUUUUUUUUUACCUUGAGCAUAGCUAAGGCUAAGAUGUAGCUUAGCCUAUGCACAAUAGUUGAUCAUUGUACAGUAUUUAAAAUUAUGUGGGGGGGGGGGGGAAACCUCAUUCUUUUCUAUACAUGUAACCCUUUAGAUCUUCAAAAUAUUACUUGGUGCCGAUCACUUUCGCUUAAAAUUAUUUAUUUUCCACGAAAAUAUCCAUAUUCUCAAGACUGAAGUAAAUCCAAUACGUUGUGUAUAUGUUGUACGUCCAGGGGGUUGAAGCCUCUUUGGUUUUAGGCGUUUUAUUUUAUCCAACUUUAGUAAUGAUCAUCUCAAACAAGGCCCAAUAAGAAGGUCAAGAGUGAAGCGCAGUGUCACUGCUGCUUGGCGUACAGCAGUUCUGGAAGUGCAGUGCUUUCUGUCCAAUGAAAGCGACAGCUUUGCAGCUACACUCAGACUACCCUAGCACGCAGUGGGCUGCACGUGUUAGCUAUUGAAGGGAUUCGGCAAUGGGCUGUUCGUCCCCUUGGUAGCAGUUGAUGGCAUGUUCUUUGACUUCUGUCGGGAGAAUGUGCAACGCUGAAUGAAGAGUAACCUAGGGUAAGGAAAUGGCCGUAAAUAUAUUUGGCUGUAUGCAUCAUUGGUUAUGAAUAUGUAAUGGUUUGUCUGUGCAGUGUAAUGUGUGUUGAUGCAGCUUUAGAUUAACCUGUGUUGAACUGGUGUGUUGCCAUGUACAGAAUGUAUUGAUCAAUUGGUCAUGUUUGCGCCAAGGUGUUGUUUUGCCACUGAAUUGUAUUGUGGUGUAUAGUGUUUGUAUGUGGCUGUAUAUUUCUAUUCCUUUUAUUGAACUACUCUGAUUCUACCGUUUUUGCCUACUUUCAAAUUGAACUGCCAAUGUUUAAAGGCAUAUCGUUUUAUGCCUUUUUUUUAUGUGAAAAUUAUUUUUUGUCAAUUACAAAAUAUUUAAAUGUUAUACAUGUGUGACAAAAAAAAGCCUGUCUAACCCAUCAAUUAUAUAUAUUUUUUGAGAUUUUUCAUUAAAUGUACUGUCAAAUGAAGUAAUAUACACUAUUUGCACUUUCAAAAAUCGGAGGUCCAAUUGCAAACUAUUGCGAUCCAGGACUGUGAAGUCAUCCUGAAUAAAUAUAUUUUACUAUGACGUUGGUCCACUGUGGUUUCUGAUCUAUGGAGAGCAGAGAGUUGAAGCUAAGGCCAUGAUUCCAACUGUUAAAUAUUCAAGGGGCUUCAUUAACUCUGGUGUACUUGACCUUUCCAAGGUUCACUAUUUAAGGUAACUUAACAAGUGAACUCCGAUCAGUAUAAUAUAAAUAAUGUAUCUAUGAAGAUAUAAGUACAUGAACAGGCAUAUCUCUCUAACAUAUUCACUAUUAAUUAAUGUAUUUUGAGUUUUGUUCCAUUCAUAUACUUCAUGAAUGUAACUCAGAAGGGGUAAAAAGCUCUUAGGGAUCACAAAUAUAUGUAAUGUAUUCUGUCGCCCUUGUAGAUAAUAUUAUGUUGUAUUUAUUUACAUAGGCUAUAUGUUGCAGUCAUUCAAUUGAAUGGUUUGUACUUUAAUUAUAAGACAUCCUUUAGAUUUCUGGAAUUUCCAUAAACGUUUAACAGAAUAGUGUUCUCCAAGGACAACAGAUGUAAAUUAGCCUUGUGGCUAGAAUCUUGCUCAAUUAUAUAUUGUGCGUUGUCCCUGUCAAAUAAACAUAAAUUAAAUAAUCUCUUUAAUAUCGGUGUCUCCGACGCAGACAUUAUUCUAGAAAGUUUUCAGAACUGGAUACUUGAAUGAGUCAAAGGUGUGCAGGGUCUACAGUUAAGACCGAAAUGAAUUCAUGCACACAAACUGCAAAGGAGAAAUGAUUGGGAAGGAUUCUUCCUAUUUACCAACAACUCAAUUAAAUUGACAAAUCCAAGCAAGGAAAAAA